GGCGGCGGAGGCGAGGCCGUAGCGGCGGGAUGGCUGACGCCGACAAGCCUGAGGUGCUUAGGGCCGCUGGCGACGACAGCCCGCAUCGGCAGCCCUCGGCGCCGCCGGGCGAGCCCCGGCGAGAACCUCACCCGCCCGAGCAGGAGAAGCAGCCUCCGCAGCACAGCAGCAGCUCCAAUGGCGUUAAAAUAGAGAAUGAUGAAUCAGUCAAAGAAGAGAAAUCUGAAUUAAAAGAAACAUCUACAGGGAACAAGAAGGCCAAUAGAUUCCAUCCUUAUUCAAAAGAUAAGAAUUCAGGCACUGGAGAAAAGAAGGGUCCAAAUCGUAACAGAGUUUUUAUUAGCAACAUCCCAUAUGACAUGAAAUGGCAAGCUAUUAAAGAUCGAAUGAGAGAGAAAGUUGGUGAGGUUCCAUACGUGGAGCUCUUUAAGGAUGCGGAAGGAAAAUCAAGGGGUUGUGGUGUGGUUGAAUUCAAAGAUGAAGAAUUUGUCAAGAAAGCACUAGAGACAAUGAACAAAUAUGACCUUAGUGGAAGACCAUUGAAUAUUAAAGAGCUUGACUUCAAAGUUGGUUGGAAGAAGCUAAAGGAAGUGUUCAGCAUAGCUGGAACUGUAAAGCGGGCAGAUAUUAAAGAAGACAAAGAUGGCAAGAGCAGAGGAAUGGGCACAGUCACUUUUGAACAAGCAAUUGAAGCAGAUCAAGCUAUUUCUAUGUUCAAUGGGCAGUUUUUGUUUGAUAGACCUAUGCAUGUGAAAAUGGAUGACAAGUCUGUCCCUCAUGAAGACUACCGUUCACAUGACAGUAAAACACCACAGUUACCACGUGGUCUUGGAGGCAUUGGAAUGGGACUUGGUCCAGGUGGACAACCUAUUAGUGCCAGCCAGUUGAACACAGGUGGUGUGAUGGGAAAUUUAGGUCCAAGUGGUAUGGGAAUGGAAGGUCCAGGUUUUGGAGGAAUGAAUAGAAUUGGAGGAGGAAUUGGGUUUGGUGGCCUGGAAGCAAUGAAUAGCAUGGGAGGAUUUGGAGGAGUUGGUCGGAUGGGAGAGCUAUACCGUGGUGCGAUGACUAGUAGCAUGGAGAGAGAUUUUGGACGUGGUGAUACUGAAAUAAAUCGAGGCUCUGGAGAUUCCUUUGGUAGACUUGGUAGUGGAAUGGGUGGCAUGAACAGUGUGACUGGAGGAAUGGGGAUGGGACUGGAUCGGAUGAGUUCCAGCUUUGAUAGAAUGGGACCAGGUAUAGGAGCUAUACUGGAGAGAAGCAUCGAUAUGGAUCGAGGAUUUUUAUUGGGUCCGAUGGGAAGCGGAAUGAGAGACAGAAUAGGCUCCAAAGGCAACCAGAUAUUUGUCAGAAAUCUGCCUUUUGACUUGACUUGGCAGAAACUAAAAGAGAAAUUCAGUCAGUGUGGUCAUGUAAUGUUUGCAGAAAUAAAAAUGGAGAAUGGAAAGUCAAAAGGCUGUGGAACGGUCAGAUUUGACUCCCCAGAAUCAGCUGAAAAAGCCUGCAGAAUAAUGAAUGGCCUAAAAAUCAGUGGCAGAGAAACUGACGUUCGCUUGGAUUAUAAUGCAUAAUUUGAAACCACGGUUGGAACAUUCUUAUAUCUGUUUUGCUGAAUCUCCUAGUAAACGUCAUUUUUUAAGUAAUACUGUCUGCUUACAAAAAGUUGUAAAAAUGAACUUUUAAAACUUCCCACCAGUUUUUAACAGUAUAGUGUUAAAUAUACUGUGAUUUUUUUGUUAAUCUCAAGUUUGGGGUUUUAAGACAGCAAGUCUGGUCAUUCAGUUUAAAUGAAUGGUUAUACUAGUUUUAAUGAAGUAAGCCAUUUUUUUGUUAUUUUCAGUUCUGCAUAGUGGGAUUUGUUUGUUAAAAGUGUCCCCAGUUUUUAUCAACUUAUUGUAAGGUAAAGCAUAGAUGGUUUUUUCCAAAACUUCUGUUUAAGAUAUGUAAUUGUCCUUGAAAAGAAAGGGCUCAGACAAAUUAGGAUAUGGUUUUGGUUGACUUUAAAUUACUUUUGUUGAUUAAAAAAUUACUGUAAGGAAGUUUUAGAUCCUGAAGUUCAGAAUAUUUUUUAUUUGAGUUAAAUGAAGAAAUGGAAUUUUUCUUCUUUGCUCUUCCCCAUCAUUCACAUUUUCCACAUAACACUGUUAACAUUAAUCACCACAGCCCCUUAUUUUAUUGUUCCCAAUAAUUCCAAGUUCAUAUAGAACUGAUAAUGUUGUAAGUCCCAAGUACAGUAACAGACAGACUACUCCCAACUUUCUGUCUAGUUUCCAGCCAUUGAGGUGAACUGCUAAGA